AGCUAACGCUUUUGGCCCCUCUGAGUAAGGCCAUGUGAAAAACUGAAGCUGUUUUUUUUUUUUUUUGUUCUUCCUCCUUUUUUUUGGCUAAAUUUUCUUCAACGCCAAGAAAUUUUUUUCCAUAAAUAUAGAAAAAAACCUGAAACAGAGAAUAAAAUCUGAGCAACAAAGAAGGAAAAUAUGUUCAGAUUACAUAAGCAAAAGUCUGAUAAAUCUGGUGAGAGGUUCGAUUUCAAGUUCUCCAGCUUCCAAGCUAAUCAGGUUCCAAAAGGAUGGGACAAGCUUUUUGUGUCAAUUAUUUCUGCCGAUACUGGCAAAACUGUGAACAAGUCAAACAAAGCAUUGGUGCGGAAUGGAAAUUGUCGAUGGACAGAUAGCUUUUCGGAGUCUAUUUGGAUUGCACGAGGUGAUAUAUCAAAAGUGCUUGAUGAAUGCUUAUUUAAGCUUGUUGUUGCCAUGGGAUCAUCUAGAUCCGGCUUCCUUGGAGAGGCAACAAUUAACCUUGCAAACUACAUAAGUUCAAAAAAUUCAAUUCCUCUUUCAUUACCAUUAAAGAAAUGUAACCAUGGGACAGUAUUACAGGUUAAAAUUCAAUGCUUGACACCAAGAGAAAAACGCAGGGAUGAGCAAUGGAAAGAUGCAGAUUUGAAUUUAGAGGAUGCAUCUCUGGAAAAUGAUGACUUGGAAAACAAAUCCGAUGCAUCUGAUGGUACAUAUGCCAGGAGUGUUGGAUCUUCUUCUAGUAAUCAUUUAGAGGGUACUAUUCAUCCUGGAGAAUUGUCAAGUAGGGAGCCAAGUUUGUCAGCAUCAGAUUCACGGAAUAGCUUUGACUCCUUGGAUGGUUCCUACAGAGAAAAUUUCUCCCCUCAUAAUGGGGUUAUGAGUAAUCUAAUCGGAAGACAAGAUUCAACUGGUUCUCAAACUAGUACUCCAAGUGGAUCUUAUUCUUUUAAUGACUCUUCCAGGUCAAACCACUCCUCUGUCGCUCCAAAGGUCUCCAGCUCCGGAAGCCAUCCUCAUAACCACAGGGAGGACUUGAAUCGGGCUUCACGCCUUGUUCCCUCUUCUCCACUACGCAAUACUGGUUCAUCUAAAGAUCUCUUGGAAGCUGCAGAAAUUACAAUUGGGGAGCUUCGAGCAGAAGCUAGGAUGUGGGAGCAAAACGCUCGAAAGUUGAUGGUUGAUUUGGAAUAUUCUCAGAAGGAAUUUCUUGACCUUUCCAAACAUCAAAAAAGUCUUGAGGCAGCACUUUCAGCAUCACAGGCAGAAUGUGAUUGCUUGAAGCAGGAGAUCAAAGAAGUAAAGAUCUUAUUGGAGGAGUCACAGAUGAAACAGGCUGCUGCAAACAAUUUGAAAUUUCAGACUAAAAAUAAUGGCAAUGUUCAAAAGGAGUUGGAAGAGGAGAUAAGGUUUCAGAGAGAGGAGAAUGCUAAUUUGGCCUUACAGUUGAAGAAAACCCAAGAAUCAAAUAUUGAGCUUGUUUCCAUUCUUCAAGAACUGGAAGAAACUAUAGAAAAGCAGAAAGUGGAAAUUGAUAACCUUUCAGCUGCUAAACAGACCAGAAAGUCUUCUGAUUCUGAUGGGGAAAGUGAUAUUGUUGAACAAAGAAGUCGACAUUUGCUUGCAGAGAACAGGAAUCUAGAGAUCCAAUUUCAGCUGCUGCAGGAAUCACAUGGGAAAUCGGAAAGCACUAUUCAGGCUCUGGAGAAAACUCUGGAAGAAAAGAACCAUGAAAUGGAGACCGAACAAGCUCUGAGGAGACAAUCUCUGAUGGAUUGUGAAGCUGAAUGGAACCGCAAAUCAGCUGAAAAAGAGGAAACAAUCAUUAAUUUGGAAAUGAAAUUGUCCGAAGCUCCUGAUGUUCAAGGUUUAAAGGAAAUGGAUUCUGAAAAAGAAGGUAAUUCUAAUCUAAUCAAAGAAAUUGAAGAUCUAAAACUGAAGGUGCAGGAACUCGAGAGAGAUUGCAACGAGCUUACUGAUGAAAAUCUGGAACUUCAUUUUAAGCUCAAAGAAUCAAGCAGAGAUCAUAGCACCACCUCUAAUUCUCUUUUACCUGAUCAUCCAGGAAAGAACUCUUUUUCUAGGCAUGAACCAGAAGUACCUUCUGCUGAUCAUUUACAGAGUCAAUCUGUAGUUCUUGGAAAUCGAUGUGCUGACCUAGAGCUCCAGCUGGAAGCUUUCAAGGAGAAAACUUCUUAUCUUGAUGAUGAACUCUCCAAGUAUCGUGCCAGAGCAGAUGAACAGGAGACUGAACUUGUCACACUGCAACAACAAUUACAGCAUUACCAGCAGACAGAAAUUCAGAGUAAAGAAUCCAGUAUUUCUGAAUCACCUGAUGCCUUUGAAUUCACUACAUUGCUUGCUGAGUUAGAUGAACAGAUUCAACUUUCUUUAGCUGACUUAAAGCGUCCUGAGGGAACUGAUUUUGAUGACUCAGAGGUUUUGAAAAGUAAAGAUUCGACAAGUCAAAAACAGCAAGUUGAGAUUAUCUUGAAGAAUUUUGUCCAGCUAAAACAAUUCUUCAGAGAAGGUACUGUUGGUAUUGGUGGAUAUAGUAAAGAGGCAAGUGAUCUAGGAAAGCAAUUGUCAGACAAGAUAUCUGAGAUAGGGAAGCUUAAAUCCGACAAUUUGCUAAAGGAAGAUGAGCUUGUGGCUAUAAGACAUCACCAAAAGGAGUUAGAAGCUCAGGUUUCUUCUCUUCAAAAGGAGAAAAUCCAGUUGGAGGAAAACAUAGAAAUCAUGCUUGGGGAAGGUGCUGUUACUGCCAAAUGCUUGGGUGAUUUACGGAGCAAAAUGAUGGUACUUAAUAGCAAUAUGGAUUCCCAAAUUUCAACCAACAAGAUACUUGUAAAGAAAUCUGAAGAGCUUGAAAGUGGCAAGCAGGAAUUGGAAGUUCAUCUAUCUGAACUAGAAGAAGAAAAUCUACAAUUAUCAGAACGGAUCAGUGGUUUGGAAGCACAAUUAAGGUAUCUGACUGAUGAGAGAGAAUCUCACCGUCUGGAACUACAAAAUUCAGAAUCUCAAGCAAUGGAACUUAAGGGAGAGAUAACAAGAUUGGAAAAUGAAAUAGAAGCACAAAAGGUUGACAUGAGACAGAAGAUGGAAGAGAUGCAAAAGCGGUGGUUAGAAGUUCAAGAAGAGUGUGAGUACCUAAAAGUUGCGAACCCCAAACUGCAAGCUACCACUGAAAGUCUUAUUGAAGAAUGUAGUGUGCUUCAGAAGGCAAAUAGAGAAUUACGGAAGCAAAAGGCGGAAUUAAAUGAGCAUUGUGCAGUCUUGGAAGCAGAACUGAAGGAAUCUGAAAAAGUUUUUUCUAAUAUGACUAGCGAAGUUGAAGCUUUGGAAGAAAAGUACUCCUCAAUGCUCGAAGAAAUAGCCUCAAAAGAGAAAGCCCUUAAUUUGGAGCUAGAAGCACUUCUUGAAGAGAACAAGAAGCAGAAGGAAAAACUUGUUCUUGAAGAGAGCCUGUUAAAUCAGAAGUACUUGGAGAAGACAGCUGAAGUCGAAAACCUCCAAAGAGAGGUUGCUCACCUCACUGAACAGAUAUCUGCCACCCAGGAUGAAAAGGAGAAAACAGCAUCCGAAGCUGUGCUUGAAGUUUCUCAUUUACGUGCAGAUAAAGCCAUGCUUGAAGCUGCUCUACAAGAUCUUCAAGGAAAGCUUAAAUUAUCUGACGGCAAACUCAAUACAUUUCAGGUGGAGUCUGAAACUGAGGCACAGGAACUUAAGGAAGAGCUAGCUUCUGCAAAGCAAAAACAGGAAAUAUUGAUGGCUGACCAUGAAAAACUAUUAGAUUUAUUGGAAGAUGUCAAAUCCAAUGAAGACAAACUGAAAGGCACUGUUAGAGGGCUCGAACUGAAACUCAAAGCUUCUGAGUAUGAGAAUCAGCAGUUGGCAGAAGAAAUUUCCAGCCUUAAGGUCCAAUUGCAGAAAACAACGGUCCUUCAGGAUGAAAUUUUAGAUCUUAAAAAAACAAUCAGUGAAUCCAAGUUUGAAAAUGAAAGGCUGGAAGCUUCUUUCCAAAUGUUAUCCAGAGACUAUGAAGAACUCAAAGUUGAAAGAACCCUUUUAGCCGAGAAAGUCUCUAACAGUCAGCAAGCUGUUUCCGAGCUAGAUGCUUGCAGACGUAGGAAAGUGGCCCUCGAAGAAAAGGUCCUCCGGCUGCAGGGUGAUUUAACUGCAAGAGAAGCCUUGGGAACUCAGGAAGCUGCACUGAAAAAUGAGCUGGCCCAAAUUAGAAGAGAAAAUAGCCAACUCCAGAGGAAGAUAAAGAAGCUUGAGGAGGAGAAAGAUGACUGCCUGAAGAAAGCCCAAGGCCUUGAAGAGGAACUGAAGCAGAUAAAACAGGAUCAAAACAGCCCCAAGACUCAGAACAUAGAAGAGAACGAUAACCCAUCAUCAAGUGAGAAGCUGUUCAGUGAAACGGACCAAGUACAGCAACAUAUAGAUGAAAAUCACACACAGGUUGAUAACAAUCAAAACUGCAAUAAUGAGACUUCUCAAGUUUCAGGAGCCGAACUUUUGUCAAAAAUUCAGAAUCUUGAAAAUGAACUUGCAGAAGCUUUGGAGGCAAAUGACAUGUAUAAAGCACAGCUUAAGAGUUUGUUAACGAAAGAAGUAAGCUUCCAUUCGCCUGGUCCGGAAGGGGAUGCAAGAAAAGACAGAUGUGAUUGCCAGACAUCAGCACUCGAGAAAGAGCUAAAAGAACUACGGGAACGAUACUCCCACAUGAGCCUCAAAUAUGCUGAAGUAGAAGAUCAGCGAGAGCAACUCAUGAUGCAGCUUAGAGCUGCCAGUGGUCGAAGGCGCUGGUUUUAAUGAUUCUAAUAGUAUAAAUCCGGUCGUAUUGUUUCUCCAGCUCCGGCAUCCACACUGAGCUUCUGUUUUUUCACCAUCUAAUUUUUUUUUCCUAUGGUGUUUGUGUAGAUUCUUUACGAAGCAAAAUAGGGAAACAAAUUUAUGGCUGCUACAUCAGGAGCCAGCCUGCCUGCCUGGGGCUGAGAUAGGGAUUUAUUUACAGGCUAAUUGUAAUACAAGAAACAACAUAUAACAAAGUUGUAUACUAAUAGGAUUAUCAUUUCUUGUAGGUAUGCUGAGCAAUGAAAACACGAGUAUAAGGCUAUGAUAAGCCUUGAUUUCAUCUA